AUGGCGAGCCUCCUCCUCUUCCUCUUCCUCUCCUCGGCGGCGCUGGCGGCGCUGCCCGGCGGGCGGUGCCAGGAGCAGAAGGUGUUCCUGCAGCGGGCCGGCGCCUCCUUCAGCGGCAGGGAGUACAGGUCCCUGCUCACCGUGAGCAACGGGGAGGCGUUCGGCGCGUGGACCUGGCCCGAGAUGUGCCCCGACGACUUCUACGCGGUCGGCUUCAGUCUCAGGGUGGAGCCAAACCAGUACGCGGCGGACGACACCGCCCUGAAUGGGAUCCGCCUCAUCUGCGCCAAACAAGAGGACCGAAGCUUCCUGUACUCUGUGGAGUCCCACACGGGCUACUUCGGUGACUGGUCCCAGCCUCAGUACUGCCCCAGCGGGGUGCUCACCGCCUUCCAGCUGCGCGUGGAGCCCCACCAGGGCCCCCUGGUGGACGACACGGCCGCCAACAACAUCAAGUUCCGCUGCAGCAGCAACCCGACGCUGGAGGGGCACGGCGCGGCCUGGGGGGAGUACGGCCCGUGGAGCGAGGAGUGCUCCGGCGGAGGGAUCUGCGGCAUCGAGACCAAGAUGGAGUACCACCAGCCCGACCUGGACGACUCCACCCUCAACGACGUGCGCUUCCACUGCUGUGACAGGCCCCAGCAGUAAUCGGCAGGUGAACAUCCACCCGGUCUCCACCCACCCUCCAAGCAGACAAACAAUAAAAAAAAAGCUCCUUUCAC